AUGUGGGGUUUUAAGUAUACCCAAUGGACGUGUUGCGAUUUAUUUUUUAACUUUAUUUUACUCUUCUUUGUAAGUGAUCUAUACAAUGCGGACGUGUGUGCUGACUGCAAUGCGCCAUCUCCACAAUGGGCAUCUGUCAACCGGGGUGUUUUAUUAUGUGAUGAAUGUAGUUCUAUUCAUAGACAGCUAGGAAGACAUAUAAGCCAGAUUAAGCAUCUUAAAAAGUCACGUUGGAGACCAUCACAACUUUCAAUGGUCCGUUAUCUUGCAUCCGCCGGAGCUAACGGUUAUUGGGAGCACAUUCUAUAUGAACCGAUGCUCAGUGGUCCCAACGCAGAUCAUCAUCGAUUAAGCAAAUCAUUUCAACCACAUAAAAAGCCAUUACCAUCUGAUCCAGUACAUCCAACAAAAGCUGACUUUAUACGAGAAAAAUAUUUAUUUCUGGGAUUUUUUAAGAAACCACGAAAUAUUAAUCAAGAUGAUUUAAAUCAGCAACUUCACGCUAGUGUCCGAACCGGAGUUUUAGAAACAAGCUUAUACUUACUUGCAUUGGGCGCAAAUCCUAAUUUUCUUCAUCCAACCAAAGGCACAGCACCGAUUCAUGUAGCCUGUCAAUAUGGUCAAAUUGGUCAAGUGGAGUUGUUAUUAGCCUACGGAGCAGAUGUGUGUAUUCGUGACUCAUCUGGAAAAACUGUGAUAGAUUUAGCUUUGGACAAAGCAUUAGCAUUGAAUGAAUCAAUGAGUUCAAAGAAUGAAAUUAAACUAAUGCGACGUGAAGAAAAAUUACAAUUAGCAUGGUCUUCUAUGGUUGAUCUUCUUGUUUCAGCUUAUUAUGAUUUAACAGAUAGUUUAGCCUAUUUUUUAACACGUCAUAUUCCAGAUCACAGAGCUGCUUUCUUUGGAAUACACAGAAAUAAUCCCACAACGAAAUCAAUCAAUUUGCAUUCUAAUAUCCCUGGGCCUACUACCACCACUACUAAUGGACAGGAAAACGAUCAAGACGACUGGAUUGUUGAAGCAAGAGGAAGAUUGAGUAAAUUAUCUAACUUGGCUUUUAGUGAUUUAUGCAUUGAUGUAUACGAUGAAGCAGAUCGCCGUCUGACAAAUUCAUUCCUUGAAAAUAUUGAUACAUUUAAAGGUUCAAAGCAUUCACACAAUUAUUCAGUGUUCAAUGGUUGUCAUAGUGAUAAAAGCGUGUUACACAAUGGUGGUAGUAGUAGUAGUAAUAAUGCCAAAGAAUCCACAUCUGUGCCAAUACCACCUCCACAUAGAGUAACAACGCUACAUCAAACGACUAAUUCAGCUAGUGUUAAUUUAACUUUAUUUUUUCUACCUCCUAAUACAAAUUAUUCAUCUGUACGUAAUCAAGCACGUCAAAAAUUAGGUCGUUUAUCUACAAUUGAAUUUCAUACAUUAACACUUGAUGUUCUAACAGAAGCAUCAAUACGCCUGCUCCCUUUAUUUUUACCAUUGAGUCAUGUAAAUACUAUGGAAAUGUCGUUGAAUGAAAUGAGAAAGUUGGAAAGACCACGUCAUUCUUAUAUAGACUAUAAUAACUCUGCUGAAUAUUAUCAUCAAUCACAUACAGUAGUAAAUGAUUACAUUGGCUCUCAUCGGAAUGUACCUUUACCAUCGAUACCAUCAUCAAAGACAACAGAUCCUGAUCUGAUUGACGACAGUGAACAACAUCUGCAUAGUACGAACAGUAGUAGUAGUCAUGAAAGUUUAUGUGAUAAUGAAGCAGAUAAAAAGUCAAAUAAUAAUAAUGAUCACUUCGACAUUUCCCCUAUAGAGCCAGAAGAUUUAUCAGAACAAGAGAAUUCACAGAUAUUGACACCAUCGUCACCUUCCGUUGAGAAAACAAAGAAAGCCUUGACAAAGAAAACAACCCGUCUAGGUCGUUCUCGGGAUGAUCCUGUUUAUGAUCAGGUAGCUGGUGAAGUGGACAUCAAUGAUGCUGCUAACAACUGUUUAAACACCACUCAGACAAUCGUAUCGUCUUCCUCCCCUGCUGUUUCUCUUUCAUCUACAGAUCAAACAGCACUUUCUGUGAAUGUACAAACAACAAAUAUGAAUUGUGAAGAUAAUGGUCGUCAAAAUCUAACAGAGACUUUACUAAUUGAUAAUAGUAAUAGUUCAUUAGCUUCUCCAAUAUCACCUAUUGAUGGAAAAGAAUCAAGUAGAACUCGACAACAACAUAAAGGUGUUGAUGGUGAUGGCGUUGACGAUGAUGAAUCUGAUUCCACAGGUCCAAUGCCUCCGAUAACAAGUCGUCCAGGCCCUGUACCUGGUUCACGUCGUUUACAUUUAUCGCAUACUGGUCGUAUAGUUCAACAUAGAGCUAGUGUACCUACAACCAAUAGUUGUAUUACUACAACUGCUUCUACUAUGAGUGAUACUAGUAAUAAUUCUGUUUCUGUGGCAGAUUCAACAGUUAAUCUCGUGAAAUCAUCUGAACAAACGAAGAAUACUACACUGCAUUCACUAAUAAACGUUUAUAAUACAGAAAAUACUAAUGGUGUUGCACAAAAUCAUCUAAAUGCACAUCAUCUUCAUCAUCAUCCGGAACCAUGUUGUAUAGCUGCACGUAAUGAAGUGGAACGUUUACGUAAGGAGAAUACUGAACUAAAAACUCAGUUAUCUGAUCUACAAAGUAGUAAAAAUGUUGUAGAACAACGUUUAGAAGACUUAGAGGGACGUAUGAUCCAGUUGGAUUCUGUUGUUCAAGCAUUAAAAGAGGAGAAAUCCGCCUUACUAGCAGCUUUCUCAGCCGGGAUGGUUAUGGUGCAUAAUCCAUUGAAAAGUGGUCAUUCUAAAAAUCAACCGGUCAGUUCAACCUCAACGACAACAGCCUCAACAGCGAUAACAGCAGCAACAACAACAACAGCGGCGGCAUCAACUAACUCUCCUCAUCUGAAAGCUACUAAAAGUACUAGUUCAAUCGCAUGCGAUAAAGACCAUCCUGCAUCUCAUUCUUGGGAUUAUGAAAAAGAAGAGGAGGAUGAAGAUGAAAGUAUAGGCGAAGAUAUUAAUGAGGUGAUAAGGAAACGUAAACAUGAUCAAGAAAUUAGUGAAGCAGACAUUGAACAGUACAAAGAUGAUGAUUCCGAGUAUGAUAUGGAAAGAGUUGGUGGUGAUAAGUCUAUAAGUGAAGGAAAUUAUGCCGUCGGCUCACAGUGUUUAGAUUCCGGUGUACUACUUAGGCAAGGGAUUAUUUUACGUGGGAGUCGAGGUGAAUCACCGGCAUCAGUUAGCGGUUUAACGCAUCAAUCUGGUUUUGGUCAUUCCCAUGCUCCUAUGCCUCAGCCAACUGUAACUCCAUCAUUUCGUAAUUCUGUACAGAAUACUAAGUUAACUGAUAAUAAUGAAUGUGGACAAAGACAAUCGUCUGUAUUUACUUCAACCAAUCAGGUUGUGGUUUCUUCAACAUCACAGAAUUUACCAGCUUAUAUUAAUGCACCGAAUCUUGUUCAACAUUCUGCAUCAAAAACCAAAGCAGCGUUGGUAUCGAAUGCUACAGUAACUUUUGCUGAAGCCUCACAUACUGAUUUACCAGAUGAUUAUACAGCACCUAAUGCUACUGGUUCCCCUUCACCUGCACCAAUACCUAUCAGUCAAAGUUUAACACCUGCAUCAAGUAGUCAUCGUAUUAUAACAUCUGGUGUAAAUGUUAAUAUUCCUGGAGGUCAUCACCAUCAUCAUCCUGGAAAAUCUUCAUUUCUACCAAACUCACGUUUAAAUAAACCUACAUUGAUCGAAGGCAGAAAACAGCUGCAUCAUACUGAAGUCUUAGUAUCAAUGAGUAAAUCAUCUCCUGAUUAUGAUAAUGCUUCUCGUUCAUCAUCAUCGUCGACAACAACAACACAUUCUUCGAAUGAAUCAUCAUUUCAUCCAAGUGGUAAACCAUUGCCUGGAAAACACAAUGUACCCACUGGUAUUGGAAGUGGUGAUCAAGUUUGGAAAGCUCCCAGUUCUGAACGUGUUGUCCGGUGUGUUGAAACAAUCAUUAUGCGUAUUCGUAAUCUGGUAGAGUUUGCCAACGGUGAUCGUCGUGGUAAUACUGCACAUUGUUCACGUUUAAUUCAAUCAGCUAUUCAAGAUUUACUGAAUUUAUUCCCUCCACAUGAACUUCGACCUGUUGAAGUAGAAAGUGCUUUGAAUGAUUUAGCCUCAGAAUCACAAAAUUUACGAAAACACUGUGAACAGCUCUCUUCUGCAUCUGAUGGUCCUGAUAGAUUUGAGAUAAUGACUUCAACGCAAACAUCCAAGACUACUGUUCAUAAUAGUAAUACUGGUAGCAAUAAUAAUUCUCGACCAGUUCCAACAGAAAUCACAGUGCUAAUCCGUCAUGCUCAUCAUAUUGCCAGAGCUGCCAAAGAUUUACUAUCACUUUUUCAACGAAUUGAUCAGUAAGAAAAAAAAGUUGUGAAUUUUCAUCCUCACUGGCUGUUUCUUUUUUGCUGUUGUUGUUGUUGUUGUUGUGUCUUAUAUGUGCAUUAAUUAGUUCAACUUUUUGUUUUAUUCAAUCAAAACUAAGUGAAUCAGAAUUAGGCGGACAUUUUAAAAAGUAAAAGCGCUCCACAGUAAUUUGCAGCCAUAUUAUGUCUAGUCAAAGUGUGUGUACACAAAAUAUAUAUAUAUGAAAUAUUGUAAUACAGUUUAACUUUUAUCUUCCUUUCAUCUUUUUUUUAAGCAAAAAUAAGCUUUCACUUUUAUUUGUUUGUUUGUUUAUAUGUAUACGAUUUUGUUGACUUCACUAUAAUUAAUUUGUUUUCUCUUUUUUCUUUAAUUUAUUUUAUGAUUAUUAUUAUUAUUUAAAAGAGAAAUCUUUAUUUAUUUUAUGAGCCACUGUGUUUUUUUUAAACUUGAUUUUAAUUUGUCUCUUUUUUUCUGGUGUAUUUUUCUCUUGUAUAUUUAUUAUUAAGGACCAUGUUGCUUUAGUUGUUAAAUAAUCAGCGGGGGCCGGGAAGGGGUGGUUGGAA